UCGAAAUGCCGGCAUAUUUCGUCAAGCGGACGGGACCCUUCCAAAAUGCCCAAGAAAAGUAAGGAGGCGCAACCGAAGUCAAAAAAGGACGUAAAGUCGACCAAAGAGAUGAAAAAAGAACUUGAAGAAAAGGCUUAUGGCCAAAAACAGUCAAAAACGCUGCGUGCUCAGCUCAAAAAGCUUGAUCUGCUUGAAAAACUACAGAAGAAGGAGCAACAGGAGCGCCAGAAGGAGCGCGAGGCCGAGCAGAACAUGCGGCCCGUCAAGCCGGUCGUUCAAAAACCGCAAGAAGUGGUUGAACAGCCCGUUAAAAGCGUAAUGGUGUGCAGGUAUUUGGUGGAUGCACUGCACAACAAGUCGUAUUUCCAGGGCUGGACAUGUCCUGAGCGAUGCGGGGAUGUGCAUGUGAUAGAGGAGAGACAGAACAUCGAGGAGUUUUUGGAGAUGCAGAGGGCGAGCGUGGCGAGUGACAAGCUGUUGAGUAAGGAGGAGUAUGACCGGUUUGUGGAUAGGAGAGAGAGGGAGGAGAUGAUGUUUGAGAGGAAGAAGGAGCGUAUUAAGAGCGGGUACGAGAUGUUUAAGGAUGAUCCUAUGAUGUUUGAGAAUGUGAAUGGAUUGGUGUAGGACAUGGCUGUGAUGCCCGUUUUGAUAAUAAACAUUUAUUUGGAGCUUAAAAUGCGG